GCUAACAGAGUGUUUCAAUCUGCAGAGAUGACAGCCAUGAAGUUCCAGGCACACCAAACUCUCUUCUUUCUAUUCUCUGUUUUAUUUAUACAUGUUGCUGCAGAACUCACUGCACCUGAUGUCCAUACAAAGCUUGGGAGCCUGAGAGGUGAGUAUGUGAGUGUAAAGGGGAAAGACAUUGGAGUCCAUGCCUACCUGGGUGUCCCAUUUGCUAAGCCGCCUGUAGGCCCUGCUCUGAGACUGGCUGCACCUCAGCCUGUAGAGGGAUGGGAAGGAGUGAGAGACGCCACCCAGCAGCCGCCCAUGUGUAUUCAAAAUACACAGUUUCUCACGGAUCUGAUUGAUAAACUCGGUGGCAUGUCGGCAGUUCUCCCAGAUAUUUCAGAAGAUUGUCUUUACCUCAACAUUUACACUCCUGCAACCAGAGCUCAUGAUGCCAAACUCCCAGUCAUGGUUUGGAUCCAUGGUGGUGCAUUUAGUAUUGGGUCAGCUUCAUUGUAUGAUGGCUCAGCCUUGGCUGCUUACCAGGACGUGGUUGUAGUUCUAAUCCAGUACCGCUUGGGACUUCUGGGCUUUCUCAGCACAGGAGAUGAGCACAUAUCAGGGAACUUUGGCCUGCUGGACCAGGUACAAGCAUUGAGGUGGAUCCAGCAGCACAUUCACAACUUUGGAGGAGACCCAACUUCAGUCACUGUAUUUGGGGAGUCUGCAGGUGGAGUGAGCGUGUCCCUCCUGCUUCUCUCACCAAUGUCUGAUGGCCUGCUCCACCAAGCCAUUGCAGAGAGUGGCACUGCUGCAAUGGAUGCGAUCAUAACAAAUGAUCCUCUACCAAUAACGCAGGUCGUGGCAAAUGCAUCUGGAUGUAUCAUCGAAAGCACAGAGAAGAUGGCUGAUUGUAUGAGAAACCUCGAUAUUGAUACUAUUAUGACCAUUGGGCAGGAUGAAAAUCUACAAUUUAGUGUAACUGUUGAUGGACACUUUCUGACAAGACCCGUGGAUGAGCUGUUCCAAAAACACGAACUUCUUACUGUACCGUUCAUGACUGGUGUUAACAAUGAUGAAGGGGGCUGGUUAUUACUUGAUUUCUUUGCUCCUCCAAAUUGGACAGAGGGAAUGGAUCGGGAGCAGGGUGUGAACAUACUGUCCUUAUUCUUCCCUGAUCCCAAAGAUGCAAUCGUCAGAGAUCUGAUGGUAGAUGAAUAUAUUGGAACUGGUGAAGAUCGUGUGAAAAAUAGAGAUGGCUUUACUGAGAUGAUUGGAGACUUCUUGUUCACCAUUCCAGCCAUUAAGACUGCAAAUGCUCACAGAGAUGCAGGCGCUCCUGUGUACCUGUAUGAGUACCAGCAUUCUCCCAAAUUCUUGCAGGCAAAAAGGCCAAGCUUUGUUGGGAGUGACCAUGGAGAUGAAAUCUUUACAGUAUUAGGAUACUGCUUCACUACCACUCAUGCCAAAUUAGCAGAUGCAUGCCCAGAAGAGGAGGAACAGUUGAGCAGAGCCAUGAUGAGCUACUGGGGAAACUUUGCUCACACGGGGUCUCCUAAUGGUCACGGCCUGGUCCACUGGCCAAAGUAUGGAGUAGAUGAAGAAUACCUGGCAAUUGAUAUAAAGGAGCAGGUAAUUGGUCAGAACCUGAAGAGGGAUCGCUUCAUCUUCAUGACUCAGACCCUCCCAGAGAAGAUCCAACAGCAUGAAGAGAAGAUGGAUCGCAACGAGCUGUAGAGCAUUCACCUCUCAUCUUUCUCUGUUCCAUCAACACUUUUUUCAUUCCUUUUCAUUAGUAAGCUGGAUAGCGUAAGCCUUAUAUAAGCUUCAGGUGGACCUUUGAGUAAAUUUUUCCAGGAAAGAGGACUGUGGAUUUUGACUGUCAUCACUC